GGGGCCAGGGCAACAAAAAGGAGCGGAACACGGACAACACGGGAAUGGCGGACGCCGUGGGAGAUUGUGUGUCUUUCUGUUAGCUUUUGCGUCGAUAGCAUACAAGUCGCCAGUUGAACUCAGGUCGACGGCACCGAGGCGGACAUGGAGUGGACGUGUUUGAACCAUCUUGUGGUCUUUUUCCUCCUCUCGUACAUGACGUCGGCCCACGUGGCACCCCCAAACAACGUGACUCUGCACUGUGGAAACCUGGUCAACAAGGUGGCGUGGACCUACGACCACCCGCCUCCGGGACUGCGAUUCCGGGUGGACAUUGGCAAGCUGUCCGACGGUGUCAUCGCUCCGCUGUGGGUGGAUCUGCCCGACCUCCAGGCGAACAUGUCCUUCCUGUCGGACCAGAGGGACGACUACUUACUGAUGGUGACCGCCGUCCUCGCGGAGGAAGAGUCAGAGGCCGCUCCCGCCAAUGGCAUUUCCUUCAGCUACUUCAUUGACUCUCCUGCCACUCAGAAAUGUUCUUUGGACCUCCCGCCUGUGACCGUGUUGGACCAAGAGGAUAACACCAUCCUGCUCAGCUUCCAGCAUCCGUGGCUCAUGUACCAGCAUGGACUUCCUCCCCGCUUGGACUCCAGAGGCAAGAAGAGGAGGAGACACGAGCAGCUCGACAACCCUCUGCCCGUCUUCAAAUAUGACGUCACUCUCAGCAAGAAGCAGUAUACCCACCUGCGCUGCACCGAGGAAGUAUGCGAGCGCAAGCUGCCCGUGGACCCCGGCCUGCAGGAACACUGCGCCGUCAUCAGGGGGGAGCUGGAGAGGAUCAGCGUUCACGGCACGCAGGACUACUGCCCUCAGCCUGUGCAGGGAAACAAACACGCUGUCAUCCUUGUGGUGGGGUCACUAUUGGUCCUGGCUGCAGCCUCCAUCUUGCUCCUCAUGAUCUGCCGGAAAAAGACCAAAGCCUCGUCCGAGCUGCCACCCUUCCUUCACUUCAAGGGAGGCGUUGAGGAGGUGCCCAAAGCGUCCCUGGCGGUUUCCAACUCGUCCUCGCCGCUGCUGCUGACGGAGCAGCCCGUCUUGCCCGGCGAGUCGGAGCCGCCCGGCGAGUCGGAGCCGCCCGGCGAGGAUGACGUGGGCGAUGCGGAGGAGGAAAAGCCGCAGGCGUACAUGGGGAGCGAUGACAUCGAGGAAGACGCAGAGACCUCGGACAAUGAUCCGUACGAGAGACGCAACGUCGUCGUCAGGCUGUCGCUCGACGAGGACAUGGAGGGCUACCGUGGCUGAAGGGUUGACUUUUUUAAAAGGUAAACUUUUUAGUAUUAGCAGCCUUAGGGUAGCAUAUUGUAUAUCAUGAGCAUUAAUAGGCCAACACUGCUCAAGUCCCCUCAAAGAAAACCCGUACUAUUCGUGGGGGUUAGGGUCUAAGCCUUGACCCCAAUAGCGAAAAAUUGCGAUUAAUGGAUGCCAACCACCCACCCCCCCAUAUCAGUGGUUCAAACUUGUUACACCAAGUACUAAUUAAUAUUAUUGUAAGCCACUGUAACGUUAUGCUCAGUUUAAACAUGAACCCUUCGCUUGAAUAUACAAAAAUUAAGACUGACAGUAAAUAAUGAUUCAUAUAAGAUACAUUGCAGAUAAAAUUUAAAAACAAACAGUUCUUAAAGUUUAAAUGUAUUGAACUUCAAAGUUAAAUACAACUGAACUGUACUUUUAUUUAAGCUCGUACCUUGGCAGCAAUUCUUUCUCGUACCACAGUUCGGGAAUCACUAAUGUAUAGUUUGUACCCCAAACUAUGAUCCCGGAAUACUUUUAAUAUAAUUUCAAAACUCAGUUUAGAACAUUGCCUUUAAAAAUAAAUGGCUAACAGAUGAUUUGAUUUCGAAAGUGCGAGGCUGCUUGCUUGUAUGUCGGCGCUUGGCACCUCUUAAAAACCCCAAAUACUGCCUUCAUAUGAGCCUUUCUUUUUAAUAUUGUGGCACAUAGGUACUCAGAAAUGUAUACACAGAACAUCACAAAUGACUAUCAUGAGUUGGCCACUUAAUUGGCUGUCAGCCGGUGGGCAACAUUAGCACCUCCUCCGCUAACGUGCCUUGAAAGGAGCAUGGCAUUUGGAUGCCAUAUUGGGUGUAACAGAAGUGCGAAUAGGUGUGUUUUACCGCGGCUAAUUGUUAGGUUCUCCAGUGCAAGUAAUUUUGCCAAUGGCGAAUCGGCGUGGGAUCAAGUAAACGUCACUUGCGAUACUACACUGCAACCCCAAGAGUUGACUUGAACACAGUACAGUUUCCGAUAUUUUAGGAAACAUUUAGAUUGUCUUAGCUGUCAUACACGAAUAAAGAGAUGUGUAACACAACUUGAAUAGAGUAAAACUACUUUUGCUGAGAAUCCACGUAAUAGCUGAAACUACCCCAGACUGACCUAGUGGAGAGGGAACUGGAAGGCGUUCACAUGUUUUGUAGGUGAGUUAGUUAGAUUACUGAGGUUAAUAUGUGUAACAUAUUUAAAAUAAGUGCAGGGAUGCUCACCUGGUGGGCCGCAAACAGCUUGUCACAUUGAAUUAACUAAAUAUACUAUAAUUACAUGUAUGUUUUGUUAAAUUUAAUAAAUAACCAUGCGCCGCUUAUCAGAAGCUAACGCUAAUCCGGGUGUCCAACAACACUCACUGCGGCUCUGCUUCCAUUUUGGAUUUGACAUGAUAGCGGGGGCUGCGCAACCCUUGGGGGAGUGUGGGUGACUGCAUGGCAGUGUUUCAGGCAUUGUAGUGUGUUAGCUGUCGCUUGACAGUGGCCCUUGAUCCUCACCCAGCCUAGCUGCUCAACUCAUGGACGGAGAAACUGGAGGGGAAGGGGCGGUUAUUAUGUAAAUAAUUGUACACUUUUCCAUAAUGUCCUUUGAGUCUUCAAAAGCACCACCAGUGGAAGUAUUUCAUGCCUUGUAUUUUGUAAACCACUUGUUGGCCACUCAUCCCAAGGUGCAUCAUUUGAUAGCACGCAGGGCUGCAGCUAUGUGAACCAAUAUCCUGUGAUUCUUGCUGAGAAUUUAUUUUACACGUGUGUUUUGUUUGAGGGGUUUGAGCAUGUGGCACCUUAAUCUACAGUAACACACACUGUUGUCAUUUAACGAUGCCAUUUGCACCUAGAUAAUAGUCCCGCUAAGAAUUGCACACAAAAAUUUUUUUUAUCCCUCCUUCAUUUCAGUAUUUUAUUGGGGGGAAAAAGAGACAUCUCCUUUGCCUUAUUGGGCAGACAGACUCCUUUGCCUUUUUAGGCAAAAAUUUCAAGAUUUAAUUAAUUGCUGCUUUACUGCUGUUGUGUAAUUGUGAGAUUUUAAUGUUUUUUUUAUUUUUUAUAUAGCCAUUUUUGUCCUCCAUACUAAAACAAAACAAAAACAAACAAAAAAAUUAUCCGACACUAUGUUUAAAUGAUAUACACUGGAUUGUAAGUAUGUGGGUUUUUGUUAAUAGUAUGUUUUUAGAAUUGUAUGGCAGACCGCAUUAAAAGCUAUAAAUGACUUUCACGCAUGCACUAUUUUAGUUCCAACAUGCCAGAACUUGAGUUGUCUAUCAAUCUACAAAACCAAUCAGUAGUCCAGUAUCGGCUUGCAGUGUCUCUGCCUUCUGGUGUAUGUUUCCUGUCUUGUGCCAUUUUUGUUCUAAUAAACACCUAAAACAAA